AGAGAGUAACAAUUGCAGAUAUAAAAUGGAGGAAAAUUCAAUGGACACUAAAGAUAUGAUUGAUUUAAAGAGAAAUAAAGAAAAGAAGAAAAUUCUUAAAAACAUAAUAAUAAUUAGCUUUUGCUUCUUAUUAAAUUUUUCGGCGUUUAAUGGAUUGGGUCGUCUUCAGGUAGGAACUUUAAUGAUUCUUUUAUUUUUUUCAAAAUACAGUAAACAGUAUUCAACAUUCUUUAUAUUGUUAAUAACUUCCAGUACUAACUUUCUUUCUAUGUUUUAAAAGCAUAAAAUGAAUAAAUGAAAUCUAUAUUUACGUUCAAGUUAUAAUAAUUAUUCAUAAAUUGUUAAAAUAUAUUGAUUUAUUUAAAUUUUUCUCUAUUAAAGAGCUCUCUGCAUAGAUCUCAAAAUAUGGGAACAACUAAUCAAAGUAUUCUAUACGGUGCAUUAGUUCUUUCUUGUCUUCUUCUCCCGAAAUUAAUGAUCAGACUUUUAAAGCACAAACGUGUUAUGGGCUUUGCGUUCAUUGGGUAUAUUUUAUGGAUGGGUGCUAAUGGUGUUGGUGUAUGGGGUACCAUGGUACCAGCAAGCGUAAUUGUAGGUAUUGUAGCUGCACCCCUUUGGACUGCUCAAUGCUCUUAUUUCACCAAAGUUGCUGGAAAGUACUGCAAGUUGGUAAACUGUACUGAAGAGGCUGCUGUUUCCGUUUUCUUUGGAAUUUUUUUCUGCUUCUUCCAAACCGCUAGUAUUCUUGGAUCAAUUAUUUCAAGUACAGUAUUGAGGCCGAGGACUGAAGGUGGAGAUAAACCACCUACCCCCGAAGCUCUUGCAUAUUGUGGAUAUAGAGAUUGUCCCUAUCAGCAAGGUAACGUGACAAAUCCAAAUUUAGAGAAACCGAAAAGUUCAGUCAUUUGGACGAUGGUUGGUAUAUAUAUGGGGGUAGCUUUUUGCGCAGUUAUCAUAAUUCUAAGUCCUCUUGUCGAUCCUCUUCAAAGGGAACUGGAAGACGAAAAAAAGCCUCUAAAAGAGGAAGCUUUUAGUUUAUUUAUAGGAACAGUACGUCAUCUGAAACACAAGAAACAACUAUUGUUGAUACCUAUUACAAUGUAUUCAGGUUUAGAACAAGCUUUCUUUUCGGCUGAAUGGAAUAAUUCAUUUAUAACAUGUACCAUUGGGAUAUGGAAAGUUGGUUUGGCGACACUACCUUUUGGCGUUGUCAAUGCAAUUUGCUCAUUUUCAAGUGGCAGAUUAGUUAAAUAUAUUGGUAGAUGGCCUUUCUUUUUGAUAGGUUUCUUAAUCGACUUUGGUAUUCUAAUUGCACUUACAAGAUGGAGACCUGACCCUGGUAAAGAGUAUCUUUUCUAUAUCAUCUCUGGUCUAUGGGGUCUAACAGAUGGUAUAUGGCAAACGCAGAUUAAUGCUUUAUACGGAUGCGCCUUUAAAGAUAGUGAAGCUGCUUUUUCAAACUAUCGAAUGUGGGAAUCAUUGGGCUCUAUUAUUGCCUUUGCAUAUAGCAAAUAUAUAUGCACAAAUGCCAAAAUAUACGUUCAAAUAUCUGUUCUCUGCGUUGGUAUAAUCGGCUACAGUAUAGUUGAGAUAAUGCUCUACAAGAACAAACGUUUGACAAAAACUACAACAGUUGAACCUGAUCAAAAUGAAGACUGA